AUGUUGCUACGGGACCAGCUCAAAGUUUUGUUGGAUGGCGUGUUUGACUUAAAGGAGGAAAAUGGUAUUGAGAUUUUGCCGAUUUUCUACACUUUGCCGCUGAGGAAGGAUUAUCCCGACUACUACCGGAUCAUCAAGAAGCCGCUCAGCCUCGCGACGGUGAAAAAGAAGCUCAACCACUACAAGCGGGCCCAGGAGUUCGUGAACGACUUGGUGCGGAUCACGUGGAACGCGCGGAUGUACAACACGAAGGAGUCGGAAAUCUACCACUAUGCGCAGAUCAUGGACCGGUACGUGCGGGAGGUGGUGAUCCCGCGGAUUGAGCGGGAGAUGGGGCCGGUGAAGUACCCGUACCUCGGGCCGCUCCCGGACGAGCAGCCGCUUCCGGGCGCACUGCUGGAGCGCGACGACGACGAGACGGGGGCGAAGGACGACUCGCUGCUGCCGGAGACGGUGGACGAGGAGAAGGACGCGACGGCGGAUGAGGAGGAGCCGGAGGCGUCGAUGGUGCCGGAGUACGACGACGACGAGGAGUACACGGAGGAGAAGCGGCGCUUGCCGAAGCUGCGGAUCCCGGUGAUGAUCACGCCGACGCCGUCGGCGGUCAGCAAGUCAACGACGCCGCAGCCGUCGUUUCAGCGGCAUCAGGCACAGAAGACACACAUGAGGCGGGGGCGGCCACCGGUGAUUGACUUGCCGUACGAGCAGCGGAUCAAGAACGUGUUGAAGAACUUGAAGCGGGAGACGCUCUCGGGUUCGCGCGAGUUCCUCACGCUGCACUUUGAUAGGCUCCCGGACGAGGAGCGCGAGCCGCAGUACUACACGGUCAUAUCGAACCCUUUGUCCUUGGACGACAUCAGGAAACGAGUCAAACAGAGAAAAUACAAAGACUUUCUCGCGUUCCAGCAGGAUGUGGGGUUGAUGUUGAACAACUACCGGAUGUAUCACCGGUCGCAGCCUCAGGAGAUGCGGAGGGCCGCGGAGUUUGAGGCCAAGUUUACCGACUUUGCCAAGUAUGAGCUUUCGAGACCAGACGAGGACUUCAUGACUGACGGAGAGCUCAAAUAUCCCCUAGACCAUAUCGAGUUGCACGAUAAGACAUACAAGAUCGGCGACUGGAUAUUGCUACACAAUCCCAACGAUGAGACCAAGCCCACGGUUGCUCAGAUAUUCAGGCUUUGGCACACCAAUGAUGGCAGGCGCUGGCUCAACUGUUGCUGGUACUUGAGGCCGGAACAGACUGUUCAUAGGGUCGAUCGGCUUUUCUAUAAAAACGAGGUCGUGAAGUCCGGGCAGUAUCGGGACCACCUGGUCGAGGAGAUUAUCGGCAAGUGCUACGUUUGCCAUUUCACCAGGUACCAACGUGGUGAUCCCGACCUAAUGUUGGAGGGCCCCUUGUUCGUCUGUGAAUACAGAUAUAACGAAUCAGAAAAGGUCUUCAACAAGAUCAGAACUUGGAAGGGAUGUUUGCCGGAAGAAGUUCGUGAUAUCGAGGAGCCCACUAUACCCGUCAUUGGCCGGAAGUUUUUCAAGUACGAAUCUCCUAUAAAGCACUUGCUACCCCCCAACGCCACUAUAAACGACCCCAUUCCUCAGCCAACUGAGGGAGCGGUCAAUGCUCCACCAUUGGUUGGCGCCGUUUAUCUACGCCCAAAAAUUAAAAAGGACGACUUAGGUGAAUAUUCCACCUCCGAUGAUUGUCCCAGGUACAUUAUCAGGCCUGGUGACCCGCCUGAGGUUGGUAGAAUCGACCCAGAAACGGGAACCAUCAUUACCAAUUCCCAGACCGCCAGUGUACUACCGAAAAUGAAUAUGUCUACACCACGUCUGUCGUCUUUGAACCGCAACGGUAGCUACUCGAAUUUGAUAGGCCGUUCCGGUAGCCCAAUUAACAUGACCAGGUCCACCCAAUACUUUCCACCAGUUCCUAACGGCGAUCUGAGAAAUCUGCCAAUCGUGCAACAAAUACCGAAUAGCACUAUCCCAUCUGCGCAGUCGUCUGCAAAAGGCGGCAUACAGGGGACCAUGGGCGGUUCAAUUAACGGUACUACCCCUGCAUACCAACCCCCUUCCAUUAUUAAUAACCUAGCCGCCCAGGCUAAGACAAACAAUACCGUUCUUGGAAAUAUCUUGGUCGAUACGCCCGGUGCCUACGUUCUUCCUAUAUCUAUUACGAAGAAUGUAGAAGUUCUCCAGCGGACAGACUAUAAUAAUCAGGUAAGGCGAUUGGGCAAAGAACAAGUACCCAAAAAACGGAAGAAUAAAGGUGAAGUUCUAUGGUUCAAGGGCGCUAGCGUCGUAUGCUACGAAAGAUUGCUCAAUACGGGAGGAGAUACGGAUGUUCCAUUGAAUAGAUGGUUCAAGAAGAAGCGCAAGCUAGACUACGAGGAGGUGGACGAAGAGGUUGGCGACGGAACCCAGGUUGAAAACGGCAGUAAUGAUGAAUACGAUUCCCAAGACGAGCAUACAGAGCUACCAGGAACUUUUCCUAUGGGUCUCAGACCAAGUGCCAAGUACAUGUCGUAUAAGAUCGCAUCAGGUCGGUGCUAG